CCAGCACGUUGAAGCCGGGCUCACCCAGGGCCAUGAGAGUUGAUGAAGAGGAUGUAGAAACUUUUGAUUCCUUUGAAGACCCUCGAGUUUUCCUACAGCUAAGACCAGAAUACCAGCUUCACAGCUAUAACAGGCUAUUUCUGAUGCUUGGAAGCCAUCCUUUCAGCCGUAAGGAUGGUAAUAAAUCUUUGCCUCCCACAGUUCAGACCAAGAAUUUACUGCAACAAGAUAUCAGCUGAUGGUUAUGAAGUAGAAAAUCUCAUCUCUGAAGACCUCACAAAGAGAAGUCAUGGUUUUAGGACAGAGUAUUUCAUUAAGCCACCAGUCUAUGUGACAGUUUCCUUUCCCUUCAAUGUGGAAAUCUGUAGGAUUAACAUAGACCUCACAGCUGGGGGAGGCCAGAAUGUCACUGGCCUGGAAAUGUAUACAUCUGCCUUGUCCAGCAGAGUGUCUUGGAAUACCCCCGAGUGCCAGACCCCAGGCCCAGAUGAGCCAUCCAUUCCGGAGAAAGAAGCGUUCACUUUGGUGGGCAAAGUCUUGUUGAAAAACCAGAGCCAAGUGGUGUUUAGCCACAGGGGCUUCAAAGCCAGGCCACCUUUUGGCCCGAUGGAAGCCACACUUCCCUCCCCUGCUGUUGUGGCCCAGGAGCUCUGGAAUAAAGGGGCUCUUUCUCUUAGUCAUGUGGCCCAUCUCAAGAUUUGUAUCACCCAUGUGACAGGCAGUGGUAUCCCUUGUAUCAAGCGGUUGGAAGUAUGGGGUCAGCCAGCCAAAACCUGCUCUCAGGAGGUGAUAGACAGUGUUUUGCUGGUUGCCUCAGAGAGCCUCCCUCAGGACUUGUCUCUACAGGCCCCAGCCUUGCCCAUGGAGAGUGACUGUGAUCCUGGGGGCCAGUCUGAGGGCCAGCAGGCCCCCUCCAGCCUCCUGGAGCUGGCUGAGGUAAUUCGGGAUGUACCUGAAGAGUUCCUGGAUCCCAUCACCCUGGAGAUCAUGCCUUACCCCAUGCUGCUGCCCUCAGGCAAGGUCAUUGACCAGAGCACGCUGGAGAAGUGUAACCGUAGUGAAGCCACAUGGGGCCGAGUGCCCAGUGACCCUUUCACAGGAGUAGCCUUUACUCCGCACUCCCAGCCCCUGCCUCACCCCUACUUGAAGGCCCGGAUCGACCAUUUCCUGCUCCAGCACUCCAUCCCUGGCUGCCACCUGCUUGGGAGAGCACAGACUGCAUUGGCAGUGACCCCUUCUUCCAUUGCUCUGCCCUCUCAGAAAAGGAAGAUGGAGCAGGGUGAACAUGCCCCAGACAGUAGCCUUGGCUUAAAUGCUUCCUGUUUUUCUACCACAAGCCUUCUGGUCUCACCCACUACCUCAGAGCACACUGCUAAGAAAAUGAAAGCUGCCAGUGAGCUCAUGGAUUGUUCAACAGGUCCAGUAUCCCAUGAGCAAAAGCUGUCGCAAAGCUUGGAAAUUGCCUUGACGUCAACCCUUGGCUCCAUGCCCUCCUUCACAGCUCGGCUGACCAGGGGACAGCUCCAGCACCUCAGCACAAGAGGGAGCAAUACUUCCUGGAGGCCAGGCUCCAGCUCGGAGCAGCCUGGGAGCAUCCUGGGCCCCGAAUGCACAUCCUGCAAAAGAGUGUUCUCUCCCUACUUCAAAAAGGAGCCCGUGUACCAGCUUCCCUGUGGCCAUCUCCUGUGCCGGCCCUGCCUGGGUGAGAAGCAACGCUCCCUGCCCAUGACAUGCAUAGCCUGCCAGCGGCCAUUUGCCAGCCAGGACGUUCUGCGGGUUCACUUCUGAGUGACUGGCCUCAACCUGAGAAGACCCAUCGCUGGGAGGAGCUGAGGAGGAGCGAGUGGGGGGUCAAAGCUCCUGGGGUCUGGCCAGGUCCCAGGCACAGGGGGGCCUCUGCUUUCUCGCGGGCUUUCCCUUUGUCUCCUCCCACAGCAUAGCACAUGGGCCUGCGGUGUGAGGGGUCAGGGAAGGGGCUCUCCACGCCUGCUCAAGUGGCAAUAGGAUAACAAAGCCAUAGUUUGAGCUGGGAGGGAUGGGGGAGAUGUCCCUGCCCUCCUGUGCCUCCCUGCCAGCACCCCCCUGCCAGAGCCCAGGGCCUGCUAGAGCCAGCCCCACCCUCUGAGGCCCCCCAGGUCGUCUGCACACACCCCUCAGCCUACAAGGUGGAUGUGAAUGUGGCUCGGGAUCUCAGAGAGAGCCUCCACCUUCAGUGUCACCCAAAAGUGGAGCAUGGCAAGGAUCUGUGGAGUAAAUGACUCAGCUCCUCUGACUGGCAAACCACUCCGAGCCUUAAUAAAGCAAUGGUUGACGUCCGCUGUGGGCUUCCUCUUGUCUGUGUCAUCAUACUCCUCUACCCUACCUGCACCCACACAAAGUGGGACUGUCACAGGGCAGCCGUGAGCAGUCACUGCAACCCUGUCA